GGGGAAGGGUAGUUCAGGCUGAGGCCUGCAGGCGGUAGGAACUACAAGUCCCAGGAAGCCUCACGGGGCCUUCGCUUAGGAGGAGUCCCAUGGCGGGCGGAUGAAAGAGGAGAGAGCGCGCAUGCGUCGGCGUCCGUAGCGGUUGGGACUGGAGCUGGAGCGGCAAGCGGCGGUGCGGCUGCCUCUUCCCGCGGCCGUUUCUCAUUGGCUGGUAUAAGACCUCCGGGGCGGGUCUCGGAGCUCUUAGCGGGUGUCUGCGGCUGAGAUGGAGGAAGACGGUCCUAGCUUUAGGAAGGAGCUGGUAAACAAGUUGCUGUUUUUACACUUUAAGGAUGACAGAUGCAAAGUCAGUGCAGAUGCUCUGCAGCUCAUGGUGGAGAUGCUGAAGAUCUUUGUCCAAGAAGCUGCAGCCCGAGCGAUAAGACAGGCCCAGGCUGAAGACCAGGAUAAAGUUGACAUUGAACAGCUGGAGAAGGUGUUGCCCCAGCUGCUUCUUGACUUUUAGGAGCAGCACUGACAGAGAUGGUGAAGGUUAUUAGAUCGAGCUGAGCCACCUGAACCUUUACAAGUUGUCUACCUGCCUUUAACUGUUCCAGGACAGGGAAUCAACCUCAUCCCAACAUUUUGGGUGGUGUCUUAUUUCAAUAAGAAGUCCUAAGAGGCCAGAUUAUGUUUACUUCCUGACAUGACUGAACCAAACCAAACAGGAGCAAAUAGCUGCUGUUUGCCCGAGAAUUUCUACCACAGCCACUUAGCAUCAGGAUGAGGGUCCCUUUCUUUCCCCUGUCUGGUUUGGAGAAUAAGGAAGCCUGUGUGGUGUCUUCCUGGAAAUAGCACAAGGUGGGAGGUGAGGGAGGAGGAAAGGGAUAGUGGAUGGGGCACCAGGAUCAAGGUAAGACCUGAGAUGGGGCAAGCCAGGUCACGCUGGAACAAAGGGAGGUGUUCUAGUUCCAGCCCACUUGGAUUUCCUGCCCCAGGGGCUACUCACUUAAAGAUCAAGGUGCUGGGGCUGCCAUCCAUUCUUAACUCCCUGGAAAACAAAGGUUGUGUGUACAUGGGGCUGAGGAGUCACCAACCCCCCCCCCCAACCCAGCCUUAUCUCCUAUGCCACCAGCCUUUGGCCUCAGCAGAGUCCCCUCAGCUACGGCCCCAAGAAGAGCUCCCUAAGCUCUCCUCGAGCACUGAGCUCAGAGCCGAGUACCUGAUCUUCAGUUUAUACACAAACAGCCUGGUGCUCGCCUUCUCCCAACAUUCUUGCUGCCGUCUGACAUCAAAGCUAGUUUGUAACCUUUUAACCAUUUGAUAUUCCCCUCAGAAGCUGCUUCCCUGAGCUAUAAAUUUGUUCUCACAAAGCAACAUCAAUAAAUCAAAACUGUCUCCCUCCCUGG